CCCGGACGUGCCACCCUAACAAUGGACAGAUGUGCCGCCCCUUUCGAUUGGCCGCCCCAGGCUGAGCACAAGACGAUACAUUCCCUUUCUGAAUGGCCCAAAGGGCAGGGGUUCUGCACUGGCUGCACCACAAGUGAACUUUUGAACAGGAGGGCAGGAUCACAGAGCUGCUGCUUCCCCUCCCAGCCCCUUUGUGCAGUGCUGAGUGCCCACAGAAGAAUAGAGGGAACAGUUGCUACUCUCUGCUGAAGUACUGAAAUUGUAUUUGUGACCCUCUCACAGGGGCAUCGUGGUUUAAACUGUUUGGUUUAUUAUUUUAAAUAGUUUAAAGUUGUUGAUGGGUUUUGUUCCCUAGGCAGAACUUUCUCCAUAGGGUGUGAUCCUGCACUCCAUUGACUUCAGUGGGAGUUGUUUCAACUGGGUUAAGAUCGCUCUCAGUCCUUUCUAUUUAUUUAUUUUAAGAAGUGGGUUUAGGGGCCAAUCCUUUAUUCCACGUGCAGGGUGAACUCCUGGUGAUUUUGGGGAAAAGCACUUUCAAGUGGUUUUGUUUGAUAAUUUUUUCUUCUUCUUGUUUCCUGCUAGAAAAGCCAUCCUUACCUCUCCGUUAGAGAAACCAUUUCUUUCUCCUUAAAUGAACCAAAGUCAUUAAUGAUUUCUUUCUUUUUUUUCCCCCCCUUUUUUGGGGGAAAAAAGCUCUCAGGAAUGCAUUCCCACUACAAUGCCUGGUCUUCCCCUUAACACUCUGAUUUUUUUGCUUCUUUUAUUCAACCUUUCUAUGUUGUUAUUUACUUGUAAAUCCCUGAAUGUUUAUUAUCUCUUUUGCUGCUAACUUCCUUCAAAGAUUUUUUUGAUUCUUUUUAUAUGUCCCUUCUUGUCUCGCAAAGUUGUAUUUAUGUAGAGAGAUUUAAAUAUGUAUCUAAAUAUGUUACAUUGCUAUUGUAACAUGAUCUUCAAAGCCUUGAACUGAAUUCAUUUUGCUGCAUUCUUUAUGUCAAACAGUUUCCUUAGCAUUUCAUUGAGAGCAUUGCUAUUUGUACCCAAUUCUGUGUAAUACUAAUUGCCCCUUUAUUGUCACUGAAGUCAGUGGCACUUCUUAUGUAAAUAAAGGUAAAUAGGAUUAGACCCUUAAUUUGACAUUGUGGCCUUUCUAUAUUUAUAUUAGUAUGUCCUCUCUCUUUGAGCUUUUUGCACUGACAUAAUUUUACCAUAAUCUAGUCAAGUUUUAAUCUCUAGUAAUUAUUGAAAAAUAAUUUUAAAAAGUGGGUUGUUUGCCAGGUUCCAGCCUAAUGUGGAAAUGAAAUGGCCAAGAGAUUAAACCCUGAGGAUCUAUAUUUAUAAUGGAAAAAGCUGUUCAGAUUUUUAACUCUAACUGUGCUGUUGAUAUUUCUGUAAGAAACUUUACACUGUAAGUUACUAACAAAUGUAUGAGCCCUUUGUUAAAGACUAGUUAAUUGUUAGUAUAAUGUGGGCCACAGUUGUUGGUUGUGGUGACAAAAAGGGGGGGAGUAGGUUGUUUUUUUUAAUGAAUCUGCCUUUGCACAUCCAAAUGGCUCCCUAAGGGCUUUAUCCGUGAUACUGACUGUACAAAAAUGCACAUGGGGCUUAAUCCUGAGCUGUGCCAAGCAUGAGCUUGACAAAGCUGGUGCUGGGGUAGUGGGAAGGGAGACAAAGGUGUCUAAAUCACCUUUUAUGUCCUCCUUGAUCAUCUGUCCAACAAUGGCCAAGAUAAGUCAGAAUGCAAAGGAUUUAUCUCUGAUCCUUGUCCAUCCCUGAUGUGCCUCUUGAGCGGAGGGUAGGAGAGCCAGUGACAAUGACUUCAGAACACCUGAGGAUUCCCAUUGGCAAGGUGACUUUUUGGUUGUUCCUUUAGGACCAUGGGGGAAAACUCUGAUGCUUAAAGUAUAUAUGAAUUACUUCUCUCGGCACUGAAGUGCCAUUAUAUACUGAAGGGUUAAAAUGUGACAACUGUUUAGGAGUAAACAGCAACAACAUAAUAGACCAAUUCAGGAGUUAUACUGUAGAAUUUCUGAAUGUUCUUCUCCCUCAACAGGCAUCGAACUUCCCUUUGUCAAUGGGUAGUUCCAUAUGGGUGAAGAAAACAGAAAGGCUUGGAAGAGACCAGCCAUGUGGAGAAUUGAGUAUUUACAUUAUUGUGCAGUGUGUGGAGUUUCUGCUCUUUAAACAGUGGCAUGCUUUACUCCAGAAGUGAAAAAUACUUUAGCCAGUUGCAAAAAUAGGGGAAAUUGGGAUAGGGGAAGAAUGUAUUAAUUACAUACAUUGGAAUUUUAGUAGUCUUUUGAAUAUCAGUUGCAGAAAUUAAAGCAAUGCAGGAAAAUUGUGCUCUGGUGGGAAUGUGUGUGUGGUUAGUUGGAUCUAAAUGGUUACAAAUGGGGCUUUCUGUUAGUGAGGGGGAGGGGACAGUGAGAAUGCAUUCCCAAAAAAGUACAUUCCCAAAAUAAGCAGCUUACAUCAUAGACCUCUUCAGUUUUCCCACACUUCUUUCCUAAUUAUUGUGCUGCAGGACAGCUGAUCUAUUUCAAACAGGAAGUUGUUUACAGAUAACACUUGCAACUGUUCUGUCUGAUUUAUUGAACUGUCCAAAAGCAAAAGACAACAUCUUUUCAAAUUAAAAACUGUCAGAUUUCUGUAAACAGCAGCAUGAGGGUCAUCUGUGCAAUUUCCCUGAAGGCAGAGUGUGCUCUGCAGUCCCCAUUUUCUCAGCAAUCAUAAGGAGUCAGUGACCUGCAAGCACUCAUUAUGAAGGAAGAUCUGUUUUUUCUGGUGACUCUAAUUAGCCUUGCCUUCCUGUCACUGUUAAGAUCUGGAUAUCCUCAACAUAUUGCAGAAGAGUCUUGCUCUGUUCAGAUUCUUGUUCCAGGCCUCAAAGGGGAGGCUGGAGAAAAAGGGGAGAAAGGUGCUCCAGGGCGGCCGGGGAGAGUUGGACCUCCAGGAGAAAAAGGAGAAAUGGGAGACAAAGGACAGAAGGGCAGUGUGGGUCGACAUGGAAAAAUUGGUCCCAUCGGUUCAAAAGGUGAAAAGGGAGAUAAUGGGGAUAUAGGGCCACCUGGUCCUAAUGGAGACCCAGGCAUCCCUUGUGAAUGCAGCCAGCUAAGGAAAGCUAUUGGGGAAAUGGAUAUCCAAGUGGCCCAGCUGACAACUGAAUUAAAAUUCAUAAAAAAUGCACUGCCCUCCCCCGCAGCUGUCGCUGGUGUGCGUGAGACAGAUAAUAAGAUAUACCUACUGGUGAAAGAAGAGAAAAGAUAUAUGGAUGCCCAGCUCCACUGCCAUGGAAGAGGAGGAACACUGACCAUGCCAAAGGAUGAGAAUACCAAUAGUCUGAUUGCUUCUUACAUCAAUCAAGCAGGGCUCACCAGAGUUUUCAUUGGGAUCAACGACCUGGAAAAAGAGGGCAAUUUUGUGUAUUCUGAUCGAUCACCCAUGCAGACCUUCAACAAAUGGUGCAGCGGUGAACCCAAUAAUGCCUAUGAUGAGGAGGACUGUGUGGAAAUGGUGGCCUCUGGUGGAUGGAAUGAUGUUGCCUGUCACAUUACAAUGUAUUUUGUUUGUGAAUUUGACAAAGAAAAUGUGUGAGGAUGUCUGCUCCGUCCCCCUUCCCCAUUUGAAGCAGAUUGUAUAACUUACCCCUUGUUUAUAAAGUACCAGUUAUAUUUUACAAGUAUAUAACAUCAGUGUUGUACAGCUGUAAAUAUAAUUAGGUAUUUCAAAUAUCAAUAUUUACCCUUCAGAAGGGAAGAGCAGAGUUAAAUAAGACAUAGUUUGUCUUGCCCUAAGAAAAUAUGUAUCUAGAUAAGAUCCAUAUUCUGCCCUCACUGCAAUUAAUGAAUGAAGUUGCAUGACAGCAAUGGAGGGCAGAAUUUGGCUCUUUGAUAUUAUAAUAUUGUUUCUGAAGACGUAGAUUCUUGAUAUUGUUUUAUCUUAACAUUUUUAAUUGUUAAUAUUAAUUGCUCAUACUGGUUUACAAAGAUGGCAUUUCUGGCUAUUUCAAGCCAUAAGGAAAAGUUUUUGUAUACUCUAGCUACUUAAUACAACUAUUGCAAUAGGGUUCUGAAUGGGCAGGCUUUGUACCUGUUUCUGUGACACAUACACAAGCCAACCAACCCAUUAGUUCUACCAUUUUUGUAACAUCUUUUUAUUAAACUGUUUACAAAUAACAACACAGAGACACACUUCAGGGAGCGAACUCAUUUACACUGCCUUAGAGAGUCUAAAUGGCUCAUAAUUCAAUACUAGACGGGGAUAAGCCAACUUUGUGUUUCUUCAGAAAAUGCAAUGCCAGGUUCUGUUUGUUUUACAUGUUGUUUAACUGAGGGUGGGACUGUGCGUAAACUAUUUGAGUGAUAAAAAAAUUUGCCAAAGGAAGCUAGUACUCUACAGUUGUAUUUGAGCCCUGCUGGAACACUCUUGGAUGGCAUUCUAGCACUUUUUGGGGAAGCUGAAAUGGCAUUUUAUGACCCUUAGGAUAUUUGCAUUCUGUCACUUCUCAAGUGCAGCACUCACUAGUCUAUUUUUGCUUAAGAUAUUCAUGAUUGAUAUUUUUGGUUGCAAAACACAAGGAGGGCUUCCUGAGUACAUCAUGAGUCUCACGAAAUCUUUGUUGUCCAACAGUUCCUUUCACUGGGACAAAUGCUGAAGUCUUCACUUAGCUUUCACUCUGUCCUUAACUUGAUGUCAGCGGAAGAUUGCCCUUAGUAAGGACUCUAAAAAGGGCCAAAUUCUCUGCAGGCAUAAAUGAGCACAGCUCCAUUGACUUCAAUAGAUUUCAUUUAUUUGUCCCAGCAGAAAAUUUAUCUCUGAGUAAGGACUUCAGGAAUUGGUCCUUUAUUUUGUUCUUGUGAUUACUGCUCUUCCUGGCUAUAUCUUCUCUUAAAUAAAAUCUUACUUAUUUAAAAAAAAAAUUCAGUACACCUAUAAAGAGAUAGUUCCAAAAGAAUGCAGUAAGUCAUUUUGCCCCACUUAUUUGUGUAUCCAAUUCACAACUGCAUGUGACUGAAAAAUGUGGUAUAUUUUUGAAGGGUAUAACUGGACAAAAAGAGUUAAGAAUAUUGGAUAUUUGUAGUGGCCUGUUGCAAUUCCUCUCAUCUUUUAGUCAACCGCUCUACAUAUGAAGGUCACUGGGAAACCUCUGUCUAUUGUGUUUUUCAGACAGUGUGGGUAUACAAUGUUUUAAAUAUUUUUUAAGGGUAAACAACACUAAAUAUGAAACAAUCCCAAAGCAUGUAUGAUCAAUCUGGAAGAAAUAUCUAGAAGAAACUGAAAACAGGCUUGGCGUGUGAUUUCAGAUAGCCUCCCCAUAUUAGGCAAAACCAAAUUAAUAAGCUACUGUACGGUGCUACAGUUAACGAAAGAUUACUGACCACAGGACUUUUGCUCAGUUCCUCAAAGCAUGACAACAUUUGAAAUUACAUGUUAAUUUUAUUCUCAAGGAAAUAAACAAUUUCACCCUGGCUUGCUAACUGUUGUGAAGUUGAACCUGUUAUAAAGGUUUACUCAUGAACUCCUAAAACUGGUAGAAUAUUGUUUUAAUGUAUGAAAAUCAUGCAGGCCAUAGUGCUAGAGAGCCAUAACCCUAAAGAACAAUUCAGAUGGUGACUGGUUGUGUUUGCCAGCGUUUCCUUCUGGUACAGGUAAAGUAUGGCUCAUGUGUGUUUGGCUCUUCCAGGGCUUUAACUGAGAUCUCAAAUAAUCUUGGUGUGAUUGUACACUUAUAUACGAAGAUUCUUUGUCUACAAAAUCUGAGAAGGGCUAAAAAUGUAUUCCUGUAGGUCAGUUUGCACGCAGGGAAUAUUCCCUUUUGAAUUUUGUAAUGGUUUGCCUCCUGCUAAUAAAAAUCCCCAGAGGCUUUUAAACCACCACUAUGUUUGGAUCAAGUCAUUGUAGCUGUAUGGUAAUAAAUUAGGGCAAUCUAAGCCUGGCUUUCACUUGACUAGAGCUGCCUGCCUAGGAUGGCACUUGCCCACGUAAAAUAUCUUGAAGACACUUUGUGUGCCUAAGCUGUCAGCUUUGCCCACUCUUUACCCAUUUUUGCAAGAUACUGAUGUGGUGGGUUGAUUCUGCUUGUAUGAAUCUGUACCUUCUUUGCAGAUUCCUUUGGAUGAGCUAGAAAACAGGCCUGCAUGCCUAAAAGCCUUACUUGAGCUGGGCAGCAGGCACACAACAU